UUCCUGUGUACCCUUGGCCUCAUGGCUGCUUUUAGCUGUUUGGCUGAUGGUGGGACAGCAAUUGCCCUGUCAGAUGAUGACGUAACUGCAAUUGUGGAUAAGCAUAACCAGCUGAGAAGUAAUGUCACUCCUUCUGCAACCAACAUGUUGAAAAUGACUUGGAAUGAAGAAGCUGCAAAAAAUGCAAGGGAUGUGGCUAAAACUUGUCCCGAAGAACACAGCACCUAUUCAGCUAGAAAAGUUGGGACCAUCUUCUGUGGAGAGAAUAUAUUUGUGUCUACUCAUGAAAUAAAUCUGAAAGAAGCUAUCCAGGCCUGGUACAACGAAGUUAGAAACUUUGAUUUUACAACCCAACCUCUGAAUGAGGAACAAAAAAUGGCACUUCUAAAAUUAGUUGGACACUAUACACAGGUUGUUUGGCACAACUCUAAAGAAAUUGGUUGUGCUCAGGUCUUUUGUCCCGACUUAGAAUUACCGUACAUCCUUGUCUGUCAUUACUGCCCAGCCGGAAACACUGAUAUAACUAAGCCCUACGAAACUGGAAAAUCCUGUGAGAAAUGCCCGAACCACUGUGAGGACAAUCUAUGCAGUAAGUGGCAAAAAGAGCUGUAUAAAAAAGUGCAAAGAUUGCUUAGUUAAUAUGAGGAAAACUGGUUUGUAGUGGUUUUAAUAAUUGUUCUGUCUAGGUGUUAGUCUAAAUUUCAUAAAAGGAUAGAUUUGCACCUUUUCUAUAUCAUUCAUGAUGAUUAUUUAAGAGUUGUUGGGUUAUUGGACCAAAGGUUGUGCAGUCUCAUUUGACAUUUCAAAUUUUCUCUGAGAAUAAUCUGUAAACAUUAGUUUUACUUCUACUGGCUGAUACAGCACCAGACUGUUAUGGUGUAUUUUUGUGAGAAUGGCUCACUAUAGUUUGGAUUUUAGCAAACAAAACAUCUAUCCCCGUCUUGACCAAAGGAUCAGUAACUAUGUAUUGAUUGAUUGACUAUGUACUGAUCCUACUCCUUAGUGUACAGUACAAUAUGUUUGUUUAUUUUUUCUUUUUACAAUAGUAGCUAGUUAUGUAAUUAAUUUCAAGGACUGGUCAACAGAAGCCAGAGAUAUAUAUGCUGUUGAUCACUGUGCAAGUCCUAAAAAAACAAUGCAACAAAAUGCAGUAUACACAUGACAUGUAGAGGCAGUGCAUAUUGCAUAUUAAUAGGAUACUGCAUAUACAGGGCACAGUAUCCCAUUUUUAUUCUUAAGUUCCCCAGGUAGCAAAACUGGGAUACUGGAUUAGCCCAGUUUCUGAAGAGGUACACACACAAAC